AUGGCUGAUUCACACACAGAUCAGGGCUAUCAGCUGGGCGUGGACGUCGGUGGUACAUUCACUGAUGUUUACGUCCUCACCCCACAUGGGAAGACCGUUCGAGCCAAAGUCCCGACCACCAUCCCGGAUCAAAGCAUUGGAAUUCGGAACGGUAUCACAAAAGCCCGAAAGAUACUUUACGAUGAGACGGGCUGGUUAGGUGCCUUCCAAUUUAUCCACCAUGGUACAACCACCGCGACAAAUGCCGUCCUGGAAGGAAAGGGCGCCCGCACUGCGCUCGUCGUGACCGCGGGGCAUAAGGACAUCCUGGCGCUGCGUCGCUCGCAAAUCCCAGGUGGCUUGGGGGCUUGGCUUCACUGGACGCCACCGGAACCUAUUGUUCCUCUCGAGCGAGUCGUUCAGUGCAAAGAACGCAUGUCAGUUCACGGUGAGCAGGUCACUCCCGUGGAUAUCGACGAUCUGCGAAAUGGGCUGCGUGAAUUGGCAAAACAGAAACCAGAAGCGGUUGCCAUUUCGCUGUUGAACUCGCACAGUAGCCAUGAUCAUGAGCGAGUGGUCAGUCAAGUCGUGCGCGAAGAGCUGGGCUCAGAUGUCGCCAUCAUUUGCUCGGCAGAUGUUCUGCGUGAAGUGGGUGAGUAUGAGCGGACGGUGACAACUUGCACCAAUACUCUUGUGAAGCCUGUCGUGCAAACGUAUCUCCGGAAUUUAUCAGAGACCCUUGCUGCAGAGAGCGAGACCAUCCGAGUUUUGAAGAGUGACGGCGGCUUAACUAGCCUCAAUCUUGCCUCUGAGCUGCCAGUGAACAUUUUGAUGUCGGGCCCUGCCGGUGGUGUCAAGGGAGUGGCAGAUGUGGUUGCUCGAAACACUCCGUACAAGAAUCUCAUUACUCUGGAUAUGGGUGGAACGUCCACAGAUUGUGCGCUGAUCUACAAUGGCCAGCCCCAGCUGCGACGAGAGACUGUGGUCGGGAAUCUGUCCGUUCGCGCUCCAGCCGUGGAUAUCAAGACGGUUGGUGCAGGAGGCGGUUCCAUCGCCACGUACAUGGAGUUAACAGAGACUCUGCGGGUUGGACCCGAGAGCGCUGGUGCAGUUCCAGGGCCCGCAUGUUAUGGGAAAGGGGGACACCAGGCGACAGUGACCGAUGCAAAUUUGGUCCUGGGUUAUUUGCCAAAGACGCUCCUUGGAGGUGCUUUUGCACUGGAUGUGAAUGCAUCCAUCUCCGCCGUGGAGGAAAUCGCGUCACAAAUGAAGCUCCCUGUCACCCAGACGGCCGAAGAUAUCAUUACCAUCAUUAACGAGAUCAUGUAUGGGGCUUUGCGUCUGGUGUCCGUGGAACAAGGAUACGAUCCUCGCGAGUUUGCCCUUGUGGCCUUUGGAGGGGCCGGUCCUUUACAUGCCAACGCGGUGGGACAGCUCCUUGGGGCGUGGCCGGUCAUUAUCCCUCCCUCGCCUGGUAUUCUCUGUGCGCAAGGUGAUGUGACCACCAAACUUCGCCACGAACAAUCGGCUACCUUCAUCUAUCUAGUUCCUGAGACCACUGCCAGUGAAGUCCGUGUGAAAUAUGAAGCGCUUGAAGAGCAAUGCCGAGAGACUCUGCAGAAAUCAUCUGGUGAACAUUGGCCGGUCACCUGGAAGGCCGCCUAUCAGGCGGAUCUUCGGUACAAGGGACAAGCUCUCACGAUUACGGUCGAUCUGACGGCCGAUGACUUGGCCGCGGAUACAGCUGGAUGGCAUGAUGUCCUCCGACGAAAGUUUGAUCAACAGCACGAAAAGCUGUUUACUUACUGUUUGCCCGACUUUGACCUCGAGCUAAUGCGUCUCGGCGUGGUGCUUGAAGAUGCUUCACCGGUCACUGAUAUUCCGCGAGUUGCCAAAGCAACAACUAUUGAGCCACCCGUGGAGGCCAAGAUUGGAGAGCAAAAUAUUACCGUUCAAGGGAAAGAGCAACUGGCCACUCUGUGGGACCGCCAGAAGAUCAGCACUGAGGGCACUCGGGUUAUGGGCCCAUGCAUCUUUUCCGAGAUGGAUAGCAACACUCUCAUUCUACCGGGAUACUAUGGCGAGAUUGACGGCAUCGGAAACAUCUUGAUCAACCCGCAGAACAGGGAAGCGGCUGAUGUCACUACUCAUACGGCUGAAUCAGCCCACAAGCUGGUCAAAUCCAGUCCUUUAAUCCCCACCUUGAUAUCUUCUACUCUUGGCUCUAUCCGAGGUGAGAUGGACCAAAUGAUGCUACGUUGCAGCAUGUCGCCGGCGAUCCGGGAACAGCAGGACGAAUUCAAUGUCAUCACCGACGCCAAUGGAAGGAUGUUGGUUGGACAGUUCGGCAGCUUCAUCACUGAGUUCCUCAAAGUAUGGACAGGCACCAUUGAGGAGGGCGAUGUGUUUAUCACCAACGAUACCUACCAGGUGGAGGGGGCCAUCAGCCAUCUCAACGACGUGAUCGUCUUUCUACCCAUCUUCCACGAGCAUCGUCUUAUUGGGUAUGCUUCUCAAUUUGGACAUUUGACCGACGUCGGCGGUAUCGUUCCAGGUAGUAUGUCGAUCAAUGCCACCUCGGUGUUUGACGACGGUGUUCAGAUUCCUUGCAUCAAGCUGUACGCAAAGGGAGCCAUGAACUCGGACCUGGUCGAGCUUCUCUGCCGUAACUCUCGACAGCCGGCAUGGUAUCGCUCUGAUCUGACUGCGAUCGUUGCUGCAUGCUCCAUGGCUGCGACCCGAGUGCGCGAGCUGGUCAACCGCUUCGGCCAAGAAGUGUACCUGGCUUCUUGUGACGAGCUGCUCUACCGAAAUCGCACUGGUCUAUCAAAAAUCGUGGAGAGGCAAUUCGAUACCAAGGAAAGCAAAUUCACAGACUUUGUGGAUGAUGAUGGCCAUGGAGUAGGCCCUUGGGCACUCAGUUGCUCCAUGAAGAAGGUGGAUGGCAAUCGCCUGAAAUUUGAUUGGAGUGGUACAUCCCCACAGAGUCAACACAGCAUCAACUUCUACUUGUCAGAGACCAUGUUCAAGAUGUUUAUCGGAUACUAUCUCAUUGCGGCGGCCGCCCCCGGCACAGUCAUUAAUGAUGGAUCCCAUGAUCUGAUUGAUGUGCAUAUCCCCAAGGGAAGUGUCCUCAAGCCUGUUCGCCCUGCGCCGAUCUCAUGCCGUACGCAUCUUCUCGGCCGCACCUUGGAUAUCGUGCAGGCUCUCAUCGGUCAGAAGGACGACGCAUACCAAGCAGCAGCUGGAUUCAGCGACUCGCCGCACUUCUUCUAUUCUGGGUUCAAGCCCAACGGAGAGUGGUAUCAGCUUUACCAAAUUGGCUUUGGGGGUGUUCCGGCGCGUCAAGCAGGUGAUGGCCCCGAUUGUCACUGUCUCUUCCCGGCCAUCAAAUCCAUUCCGACUGAAAGCAUAGAACUAAAUUACCCACUACGCAUCGAGGCGAAUGAAAGUGUUGCUGACAGUGGCGGUCCUGGAUAUUACCGUGGGGGCAACGCGCAACGCACACUCUACAGGUUCCUGGCUCGAGGAGAAUUCAGCAUCCACGACGACCGCUGGUUCACCAAGCCGUGGGGACUGAAGGGAGGCAAACCUGGCCAGCGAUCUCGAAAGGUGCUCUAUCGAUACUCCAAAUCAAAGGAAGCCCCACCAGCGGAAAUUCUACCAUCAAAGUGUGAUCAUGUCUGCGUGGAACCCGAUGACCUUUUAGAGUGGGUGACAUGGGGUGGUGGUGGUCUGGGCGAUCCGUUGAGUCGUCCGGCCGAGAAGGUUGCCCUCGAAGUUCACCGCAAGCUCGUCACAGUGGACGGAGCCCGUGUUGGAUACGGGGUGGUCGUCAGCGAGGACUUCACAGUGGAUCAGGCCGAGACUGAGAAACUGAGGGCAGAGACGCGUCUUGAGCGCACUUCGCUUGGAGAGCUUUCCAUCUACGAUAGGGGUGGUAGUAUUGACAGGUUGCGGGAGACAUGUCUUGGUGAGACUGGAUUGACAGCUCCUCGACCUCAGUGGGAAACAGACCCAUAUGGUCCACAUGUAGGGUUGGAGUAUGUGAAGGAAUGGUAUGCAGAGAUGAAGGUUAGCAAAGGGUGGGAGGUCCAGUAG